AUGGUACUGAUGCUAUCGCCAGACCCUACACAUUCCGUUGCAGGCAGAAGCAGACAGAAACAGGAUACGCCGUCAUACUCCCCUCCUCUUAUCAAGCCCAGCGACCCUGAACCUCGACAGAACCAGACCCAAUCCACGCCUGCAAAGGAGCACCAACAGGCAUUCGCGGUCAAUGGAAAAAGGGACAAUGUACAAGCCGCCACCGAGAAGGGACCAGGCUCCCAGCCACGCAGUCAGCGACCGUCGUUGGUGAGAGGCCGGAGUACUGAAGAGAAGAAGGGCUUCAAGAGCGAUGUCGCAAACAAGAAAGACGGGAGGAGGAGUUCCUGGAUCGCCAGUUUCAGCUCCAAGUUUGCAUCGCCUACGCCUACACGUAACUCGAAUGGCGAGAGUCAAUCGCAGUCUACUACUCCUGUGGCAUCUCCUCAGCCCAGCCCGGCGAACGAAGUUUCAAAUCCUUUCAACAAGAAAGAGUUGACGCAUCACACCCAGCCGGAUGCCAGAAAGGAAGAGAACAAGGCGGCGCCUACCGCCCACACACCCCCGCGGCGACCGUCAGUGCUAGUUGCUGCUGGUAAAGAGACAAAGAUCGACCAUCCGGGAUUCUUAUCGAGUGCCUUGCGCCGACUGUCUUCAUCUUCGAACGUCACUCUAGGGAAAGGUGCCGGUUCAGGUGCGAUUUGUCCUCGGAAAGUCAUGAACCUCGAUCCGAACAGGGAACGGAUAAAGAUCACCGAGUUUGACCAGAACAAACUCAAAAGAGUUGCCUUCUGCGUCGACGUCGAGAUCGCUGGAUUUGCGUCCCAGGCAGAUGAAGAGCCAGCCCGCCUUGCUCGUCAAGGUAGCAACAAGCAAAAGCUUCCGACUUCUGAGCAGCACCUCCACGGCGACAAGGACACCAAAGACGCCAGGGAGAUCGACAAAGGUGAAGGCGCCGCGCUCAAAAGCCCCCAAGCUGUCCUUGAAGGAAAAGCGCCACCCGAGCAACCGCUGAUCACUCCGAAAACAUCCGUUGAGACUGAAGCUCCGGCAUCGGAUCCUCAGCCUAUACCUACCACCCGCAAAAAGGAGAAAAAGAAACGGUCCGAGGCAGAACGGAAAGAAAGAAAAGAGAAGAAAAGGAGGCACGCCGAGGCCAAUGGUCUUGUUCCUCUUGAGUUGACUCGAGACGACGAUGAUUCCGACUCCAGCCCAAGCACCACUCCUCCUGGUUCGUCCACGCCCAAACGAUCCCCGGACGGGCCGACGACUGAUCCACUGCGCAUCUACAAGCGAUGUUGCCAACUUCGUGAAACCACAGUUCUCACUCGAAUGAAAGAGCAGAUUACGAAGCCUUCAGCAACCUUGUCGGAAGCCCCUGGCACUGUCGCUGUCAUAGACUUGACUGGUCUGCAGAUGCAGCUCCCCGACAUCAUGACGCUUGGCGACUGGCUGGCCAUUGUACCUGUGCGAAAACUGAUAUUGGACAAUUGUGGUCUCACGGACGAGGGCCUGCGUGUGAUACUUUCGGGUUUGUCAAGCUGCAAAUCUGCCGAACAAGCAAGACACAACCGAAAACUUCCCAAAAGGCAUUCUGGCAGCCGUGGCUUGGAGCAGAUGGGAGUCAUUGAAAAACUAAUACUGAAAGACAAUCCAGCCAUAACUAACGUUGGAUGGAGACACAUUGGACUUUUCAUGCACAUGUCCAAGUCACUGAAGGCAAUUGAUCUGUCGGGCAUCAAAUUCCCGGAUUCUGACGACAAGUCCUACAUUUCAUUGACCAGCAGAUCCACUGCGAGUGAACCAAGCGCAAAUUCUACCGAUCUUGCAUCUUUGGUCAUCCGUGCUCUGUCAGAACGAUUGGGCGACAGAAUGGAGGAACUGAUUUUGAGUGGCUGCGGGCUUUCCACAGCUCAUGUCGGAGACAUUGUGGACUGUGCCAUCAAACGCAGGAUUCACCGUCUAGGUCUCGCCGAUAACUGUCUGGACGAAGAAGCAGUGAGGCAUGUCGUUCGAUAUAUCAAAUCUGGUGCUUGUGAGGGCCUUGAUCUGGGCAGCAACAAUCUGCAUGGCAUUGUGCACAUUCUUGCCGAGGCGCCCAACGAAGACAGCCCCCUUUUCGCCAUCAGCCUAUCUGACUGCAAUUUAACGCCAACCGACAUGGAUUCGAUUUUGUCACCAUUUACCAGACUCACCAAUCUCAAAUUCGUCGAUUUCUCACGGAACAGAGCUUUGUUCGACAGCAAUCCCAAUGCCGUCUCGAUAUUCCGCAAAUUCCUCCCCAAAAUGACACCCCUGAGGAGAAUACACUUGGUAGAUGUCGGCCUGACCCCGGAUCAUGUUAUAGCCCUGGCCGAAAUACUACCGGAUUGUCCGUCAUUGGCCCACAUCAGCAUCCUGGACAAUGGACCUCUGAUCCAUGCCAUGAAUUCCAAGGAAGAAGGUGCCCAAGAAGAAGCUUGUGCAUUCUUUGCUUCUCUGAUGACUGCAGUCAGGGUCUCGGAGACCAUCGUCGCGGUUGAAGUCGAGGUCCCUAGUGCCGACAGUAGUGAGGUGGUCAAGGCACUGGCGUCCCAGGUCGUGGCCUACAGUCUUCGAAAUAUGGAGCGCACCACUCUUGACGAAGUCGGUGUCAAGCCUUCUGGUCUUGCCGGCAAAGAUGCACCUGAAGUCCUGCUCCACCUUGUUGGUCAUAUGGAAGGCUAUUCGACGAGUAUUGACAAGGACGAGCCAGCCCCCGAUGAAGAUUAUAUGAUUGCUUCCACGGGGAUCGUCAAAUGUCUCGAUGUGUUCUUGGGAAGCAGAGACGGCAGCAGCCGACAACAUUCGAGGAACAUUAGCCCUUCUGCCAGUGGCACGGCAACUCCAAGGCAGGAUAUUCGUCAACCAAGCAUCUCAAAACCACGAGAUGUCAGUCUGGAGCUUUGUGAAAGUGCCAGAAAGAUAAGAGCAAGAUUAAGGCCUGCGUUGAUCAAAGAGGAUCGUGCUGGUAAUGAUGCCAAUUACCGGCGUCUCUUCUUCUUGGACCAAACCCUGCAACGUAUGAUUCAGCGUUUUGAGGACGAAUAUCCUGAGGCAAAACAUCUACCCUCGUCAACGCCGAUGGCGAACGGCCUACCUUCUCCCGAUCUAUCCAUGGACGCCUCACUUCUCUCGGCUUCAAUGGACUCGACCGGUUUGACGAGUCUGAAAUCUUCCGAGGAUUACUUUCCUGUCGAUCCUGACGCCUCAAAGAACGCGUCGUUUUCCGACUUGCCCCGCAGGCCCUCAACCACAUCUCUUGCCGCUAAAGCCUUCACUGACGAAGAAGGACGGAUGCAUCGUUUUGGUCAAAGUAUGCGUCGAGAAGUACUAAAGCCGGUAGGGAUGGACGAUAAUCUACAUGGCACGAGCCAUAAUGACCCCGCGGAAGCGCCACAUCUUGCCGCUCUUCGGGCCAAAUUGGAAGAAUUUAAGGGUGAAGAUAUUCGGGCCAAAGUGGAAAGGGAUGGGGCCGACAAUGUUAUCCGACAGCUUGGUCUGAGUGCUCAUGAGCUACUCAGUAUGCGGGAAAAUGACCCAGAAGGAUUUGAGGCUUUCAAGGAGUCCCAGAUGGCGGCACAAAUCAAUGCCGGCCUCAUUAAUUUGGAUGGGGACCAUGCAUAUCAAUAG